GCACUCCUCAGCACUCUCCGGCACGCCAGGCCGCAUACGAAGGGGCGCAGCAAGUCGCAGAACAGGAGCCUUGCCCACCCAACAAACACCCUCUGUCUGUCCUCUCACCACUCUCACAUACCACCAACCCGCUGAAACGCCCUCGAAACCACCAUCGCAAUCAUCCAGUCGCUCGUAACGACCCAUUCGACCCACCGUCUGCGCCUGCCCGCCGCUGAUAAGGCACCACAACAAGCAUUACCUGAGGCCACCGAAGCACCAUCUGCCAUGACGAGCAGGCCUCAAUUGAAGACCGAACAACUCGACAUGGACAGCUUCUUCGACUUCAGCGGCACAAACGGCGCUUCGCCCACCACUGCCUCGACGUCGCGCGCCGAUGUCAUGUCGCCGUUCGACAAGGAGGAACAGCAGCAAUUCAAUGGACCCAGUCACGACUAUGGCCAAUUCAAACAGCAAGUUGGCCUCCCUGUAGGCAGCCUUGCGAACAUGCCGCAACCUGGCAUGUUCGACGGCUUCAACUCAGGAAUCGACACCGACUUCAACUCCGGCUUUGGCUGGAACUCCGGCCUCGACAUGGACUCCGAGAUGACAAUGGACUUCAACUCACAGCAAUCCAUGUUCUACCCGACCGAUUCACCAUCCGCAAACUUUGUUGAUCCAAACAGCAUUGGAGGCCAGGAGCCAGCGAGCAAUGUUGGCCGUUUGUGGCCUGGCAUGCACUCGCAGCAAGCGCAACAGGCCGCCAUGCAGAAAGCUGCCCAGGCUCAAGCUCUCCAGCAGAGACAGAUGAAACUGCAAGCGCAGCAGGCCCAAUACCGCCAAGCUGCCAACACUGCACAGCCCAGCCAAGGCUCUUCGCAACAUGGCAAGCGCGCUUCUCAUGUCACCGAGCCUCACGUGGAGGAGUCGAUUUCCCGACUUCUCAACCAAAUGCGUCAGAACAACAAUGCUGGCACCUCCGAGGACGGUGGCUCGCCUUCUGAUGUGCUUCCCCACAUUGCCCGCAUGAAGAAGGAUGAGGAGGAGAUGGACGAGGAUGAGCGUCUUCUCGCAUCGGAUGAAGGCAAGAAGCUUUCGAGUAAGGAGCGCCGACAGCUGAGGAACAAAGUGUCCGCUCGUGCAUUCCGGUCACGCAGAAAGGAAUACAUCGGUCAACUCGAAGGCGAAGUUGCCAUGAAGACUCAGGAGAGCAACACUCUCCGUCAAGAAAACCAGGCUUUGAUGCAGGAGAACGAGCGCUAUCGUGGCCUCAUCGAGACUUUGCUCCGUCACCCUGCUUUCACACCAUUCAUCAACGACAUCAGCAAUGAUCCGUCGUCCUUGAUCAACUCACAAAUCAAGUCCCGAGCACAGCAACAGCAGCAGGCUCAGCAACAACCACCUGUCCCGACUCCUCAGCCAAAUCAAGCGCCUCAACCACAACCACAGCCUCAGCAGGAUAUGAAGCCGGACUUUCUGAACUUCGACGCAUCGCAACUUCAGAUUCCGCAGCCUCAACCCGAGCAGCAGCAGGUCAAUCUCGCUGCUAUUCCCGAGGAGAACUUCAGCAAGCUGAACAUCAAUGGCUACCGUCAGCCAGUCAACUUCAACUUCAACCAGGUCAAUGCCUAUCCAGUCACAAGUCUGCCGAGGCGUGACCCGAUUGAAUUACUCGCCACGUCACCAACUUUCUUCUCUUGCUCUGCCUCCGCCUCCGCCUCUUCGACCUCUGACUCUGGACUUGCUGUACUACUCGCCAAACUUGACAAUGCGGCAAACAGUAUAGCUAUCUAGCGUAGGACGAUAGCUCCCUCACUACCUUGGACUCUUGGUCAACUUGACGGCACUUGUACCGUCACUCGAUACCCAUCACAAAAUACUUGUGACACCACCAGCAGGACUUUACUGAAAAGUACCUCUUUUACUUGGCUUGCGGGCCUUGACUUUCAUCGGCGUGUUUGCAUGGAAUGGAAUGGAAGCGUUCAUGUUUCAAUUGCCUUUUACUGCGUGUGAGAUAGAAAGAUGAAAUGCCAUUUGCUCUAUAUGAGACCCCAA